GAUGGCGGGGCGAGCCCAAUGCCCGCCUUUUUGCAAGCAGAUUGUUUACGUCAGUUGUUGCAGUUGUUGCGAUGAUUACAGCGUGAACCGUCCGAUAAGUGUACCAAAUAAGACACUCAUAACUUUUAUAUGGCUUCCUCGCACUAUGUGUAGUACGUGUGCUGUCCUGCCUUGCCCGUACGGUCACGAGGAAGGAUCAAGAUGCCUCCGGACAACGCAGCAUCGCCGCUCGAGUACGUCGACAACACGCCGACAAGAGGUCGGGAAGAGAAAGUUAAGCGGAUCCGCAACCUUACGGGAUUCUGGAUUCUGGGGCUGUGCAACAACUAUGCCUACGUGGUGAUGCUGAGUGCUGCAUUCGACAUCCUGAACAAGGAGCUAGGACCUCACAAUGUGACUUCGGAGGCCCACCCAGCCAACACCACAAGAUGCAACCCAACAUCCACGGGCGCAAUCCUUCUGGCGGACAUUCUUCCGGCCCUUCUGGUGAAGCUGUGCGCCCCGUUCUUCAACAUCAACACGAGCAUUCAAGUUGGAGCGGUGGUGCUGCUUUCCUGUUCCAGCUUUCUGAUGACUUCCUUCACUGUAGCCACAUGGAUGUCUUUUAUGGGGGUGGUCUGUGCCGCUAUUGGGAGUGGGCUGGGAGAAAUCACAUUCCUCGCAUAUUCCGCACACUUUGACAAAGAUGUGAUAUCGACCUGGUCUUCUGGAACAGGUGGUGCGGGUGUUCUAGGUGCUCUUUCCUAUGCGGCGAUGGCCUCUGUGCUGUCACCAGAGAAAACGUUGCUGGUCAUGCUCUUUGUGCCAGUCCUGAUGGCGAUCAGCUUUUGGGGGGUCUUGGUCCACCCCAAGCUUCGCAGGGACGAAAAAACUGCCAACGAAGCAAUACCGGACGAAGAGCCGCUACUACCGUGCAGCGGCUGUACAGGGUACCCGAAGGUGACGCUCACAUUUGGAGAUAAGCUCAGGCUCAUUAAGUCCUUACUCAAGUUCAUGAUUCCACUGGGGCUCGUAUACUUGGCCGAAUACUUCAUCAACCAAGGCCUGCUGGAACUCAUUGUGUUUAGGAACACCAAACUUUCUCACAAGGAACAGUACAGAUGGCUACAAGUGAUGUAUCAAGUUGGGGUUCUCAUCUCCCGGUCUUCCGUCAACUUUAUCCAAAUACGCAAGCUCUGGAUUUUGCCCAUCUUGCAGUUCAUCAACGUGGCCUUCAUCUUCUCCGAGGCAUACUUGCUUUUUCUGCCGAGCUUCUGGAUUGUGGUGGUGGUGGUGCUCUACGAGGGCCUCCUGGGAGGCUCUGCCUACGUCAACACUUUCUACCGCAUCUCGCAGGACGUUCCGAUUCAGCAUCGAGAGUUCUCUCUGCGGAUAGCCUCCCUGGCGGACAGCGCGGGCAUCGCCAUCGCCGGCGCCAUGGCACUUCCGACGCACGACGCCAUGUGCCGCCUCAAGUACUGACCGGUUGCGUCGCGGCUUCUGAGGUGGGUUGGUACUUUCCCAGUCUUCCCAACACCUGCGCAACCGGCACCACGCGAGCGGCCAAAAGUCCUAGAAAGGGCAAACUCGCCAAGUUUCCACAAGAGAGCGGUUCCCAUUCCAGACCGCAGACCACCAAGUCCAUCCAUUUUUCCACGUUUUGUAUUGGCCGGGCCGACAGCUUCGCACAUUUUGUCGGGCGGCCGAGGCCGGCGUUCCAUUUUAUGGCGGGGUGAGAUGCGCGGGGCGAUUCAUCUCGAUCGUACGUUAAUUUACCGUACUGCUCGUCCCUUCAAGUGCCAGAUUUUCUGCCAAACCCCCCUCCCCCAAGGCAGGCCUUUUUUCUCCGCACAUCAAACGCAAAUUUCGGUCCCAGUAACGGCGUAGCAUGCUUUAUAAAUAGGGUCCUUCAGUUUUUAGUUUUAUCUUUUAAAAAAUUUGGGGGGGCGGGGGGGGGGGGGGGGGGGGGGGUAAAAAAUUGGCCGCUUCGAUCCAAGAUGGUAACUAGAAGAAAUCAUGUUUUUUUUUUAAUUAUUAUGAAAUUCUGGCUUUUCAGAUUAUAUUUAGAAAGAUAAGAGUAUAAUUAACAAUUGACCAGUUUGAAUACGAAGAUUGUUUUUUAAUAAAAUACCGCGCACAGGAUGGCAUUGAGACACGAUAAAGAGCUCACAAAAGGGCUUUUAAAUUUUUUAUAAAUCAUUGUUGCUGACAUAAUGUCCUGCAUACACAGCAUAUCUCUGUCUCCAUCCUAGACCUGUCCAGUUUUCAGACAUAAUAUCUGCAUUUAGAGAAUGUUCUCAGCAUUACAGCUUACCUAUGUGCAUUUGCAAUGCGUAAUUUCUCGCCAUUCUCAGGGGUGGAACGGCUGCGCCAUUUGCGCCAUUUUGCGCCAGACGCAUAUAUCUGCGCCAUUCUGCGCCAUGUUGCAGAAACUGCGCCACAACCAAUACCACAACCAAUGCGCCAGUAUGCGCUAAAUCGCAAAACGUGCCCCCAAAAAAUUUUAUUUUUUGUCCUGGUUUUGGUUUUUAUCGACUCGAUUGGCAACAAUGAGCACGUUUAGCUUGGUCGGCCUUGUAAUCCUUUGUUCUGUUUAUUCUCCCUGUGUAUCCCGAGUUGGAAGCGCGUGAAAGAACUCGGAUUUUAAGCGCCACACGACCUGCGACUGGAUUGUUAUUCUUCAACCAUAGGCGGUCGGCCUAGGUGAGGUCGAGUCGUUCAGCGUCAGAUUGCCUGAAGCUCUGUGGCCCGGGAUCCAAACGUUAGCCUUCAUCGUUGUUGGAACCGCAUUCUCUCAAGACAAAUUUUGAUUUGAUAGAGCUGCACGCGGUCUGAUCCGAAACCUUGCUGGCCAGCAGCCCUCACGCGAGCGCUUCAGAUACGAUAACUCCGUUAAUCAUAGUCUGCUGCUUCGAUAUUGAGUUGCACAACUCGAAAUUUGUUUCCCUGUUCCUCCGCGCUACUGCACGCCCGUCGCUUACGCACGCCACGUGGUUCGCAGAUAUAAUUACUAUGUUGAGCACGUGUGGGUUGUGCGAUAAGCAGUGCUGGUUUGCAUUUUGAGCAGCUGAAAGCCACUCGGAAAUAUCAAGGACGCUAUCUUCAGAAACAUAUGGUACUUGCUUUUUGGUUCUCAUUAAGGCUCACAAAGUUUCAAGUUUUCGCAUCUGUUACACUGUUAUCCCAUCUACCUAGGUCCCUAACCACUCAUGUUCAUCCAUGCUGCUUAGCACAAUUGAAAUUGCUCCCGUGCUUGUCUAAGGCACAAGCUGAAGUGCAAUGAAAACUGAACUGAGCUGCUCCUAGCCUGCUCCAGAACGCAGUUUUAGCUGCUCCCAACCUGCUCCUAAACAGCUGUUUCAGCUGCUCCCGUGGCUGCUCCCAAGCGCAGUUCAUGAGUUCCACCCCUGCAUUCUUUUCUCGCUUUUUUUUUUUUUUUGCGCUAGUUGAAACGGGGAAAAGAAGGGGAAAGGGUACUUCGGAAUGGACAUAAAGGCGGCAUUUUAGGGCUCAAUCUAUGUUACUGCAGUUCACCGAAUCCAAGAGAAUCUAGGACUGUUUCCGAGGUCUGGAACCGGCGCGUCUGUCUCGACCAACUCUGUUUCCUAGAAUAUAUUUUCGGAGCGAAGUGAUAUGGAAAAUGGUGAAACUCCGUUUCCGAAUUCGGGUGAAAAUUGGGUUUGGCCCGGUUUUCAAGAAACAUGUCCGGGGCGUAAAUGUCGGAAAACAUUGGGUUUUACCCGGAAACGAAGGACCCUAUUUACGAAUCAUGUUUCACGCUUUCAGUGAAUAUUGAUCAACUUUUAGAAAAUCAACCCUCGAGACGGUUAUAUCGAAAUCGGGGAAUACCAAACAAACCUUGAAUUUAGAGCUGCACUCGAAUGAGAAGACCAAAGUUUCUUGGAGAGAAAUCUUAAAUCUUCACUCGACCAGAGUGGUUUCGACGACUGCCUUUCGCUUCUUAAGACACAAAUGGAAUAAAACUGCAGCAAUUGC